CGACUGGAACGCGAUUACUGCCACAGAAAGCUACUCUCGGCACCCUUGUCGCUAGCUAGGACGAUGUCUUUUUUUUAUUUAGCAAAAAGAAAAAACACACAGUGUUCUUAUGAAAUAGAUUAAAACGGUAAUACAGGGAGUAGUGGCAUUUAAUAAAGACCAAGGUCAUUAUUCGUCCGCCGUUAGGAACCAUGGCCUGCUAACGCCGGGGUGGAGUCAAAUGGAGCAACCCGAUGGCAAAAUAGACAACAACAACAACAACAAAAAAACACGUAUUUGCAUAAUGUAUAUUAUAUUUCUAGUCUAACCCGGGCGACGCGUGACAGCGUGAGUGCAAAGACGUGCUAUGUCUCGGCUGUGUAGUGCGCCAUUUCUCGUCAAACCAAUCGACCCGCUAGCUUGUUCUAUGCGGUGACAGCUAGGCGAGCUAACCGGCUAGCCGAGGUCGUGUUUACCGUUAUGGAAAGGGAGGCGUACCGCAACUGCUGCAGCCUGGUUAAAAUACCCAGGCAGUCCUAUGAACAGUUUUGGUCGUCACAUUUUGUCGAUUACAUCGACAAGGAGCUGAGCUAUUCCAAGUUUUUCAAGAAGUACUUGCUCCCCAAUCACCCGUGCAUGUUCUCGAGGAGGUUCACGGAGGACUGGAAGUGUAGGAAACAGUGGGUGUCCGACGGGGGGAAGCCCGAUUUCCAGAAACUGCUGCAAGAGUUCGAGGAGACUCCUGUUCCCGUGGCAAACUGCAAUGCAAAGGAGUACAAUGCAAACCCUAAACAAGUGAUGCCUUUCAAAGAAUUUAUACAAUACUGGAAGGAAUACAUCCAGAACGGCCACUCGUCGCCCAAAGGAUGUCUUUAUCUUAAGGACUGGCACAUGUCAAGGGACUUUCCAGAGCACAAUGUUUACAACACGCCGGUCUUUUUCUCCUCCGACUGGCUUAAUGAAUACUGGGAUACAAUUGAAGUGGAUGAUUACCGAUUCGUCUACAUGGGGCCUAAGGGCUCCUGGACCCCGUUCCACGCCGAUGUGUUUCGCUCCUACAGCUGGUCCGCGAACAUCUGCGGCAGGAAGAAGUGGCUCCUGUAUCCUCCGGGUCAGGAGGAGUUUUUACGCGACACUCACGGCAACCUCCCAUACGAUGUAACAUCAGCCGAGCUCCGUGACAGGGAUCUUUUUCCACGCUCCGGAGAGGCCUGUCAACCUCUUGAAAUCAUACAAGAGGCAGGUGAAAUCAUUUUUGUGCCCAGCGGCUGGCACCAUCAAGUUUAUAAUCUGGAGGACACGAUCUCCAUCAAUCACAAUUGGUUAAAUGGCUGCAACGUAGACAUCAUGUGGCAGUUCCUUCAGAACGAGCUGUCGUCCGUUCAAAAGGAGAUCGACGAGUGGAGGAACACGAUGGACUCGUGGCACCAGCACUGCCAGGUUAUUAUGAAGGCCUGCUCGGGUAUCAACUAUGCAGAAUUUGCAUCGUUCCUGAAAAUCAUUGCCGACAACCGGAUGGCUUUCCUGAAUGCUCGUUCCACCGGGGAAUCCUCCGAUUACUCGCGGCACUUCUCGGAGACCCUCACCACGCUGGGACCGUACCACGCUGCCUUUGACCUACAGCGAGUGGCUCACCUAAUUGAGUGCCUACUCUGCAACGAAGACUUCAAGCGGCUCGAUCACUCAACUUUGACUUUGCAGCCGGAAUCCAUGUUGCAGCGGAUUCGGGACACCAUACAGUCCACAAGGGGGCAGCAUCUCCUUUAUCAGGAUUAAGAAGUUCAGGGGUGUCUCCACAACGUCAUCGCCUGGAAAUGGCUUGAACGAAAAGUGCCAAUUUGUACAGUGCGAAUAAGAAACCAAAAGGCGUUGCCAGACCUUUGGUUUGAGACAAACCGAAAUCUCAAAUGUUGCUUGUGAAUGUUUGUUUUGCACUGAAAUAGGGAUAAAUAAAUAAAUCAAUAAAAAACA